AUCUAUCGAUAUGUUAUCAGUUUGUGACAUGAAGUAUUAAAAAUAGAUAUUACAUACAAUACCAAACCUUCUUGACAGCAAAAAGGAGAUGAAAAAUAAAAAAGCAAAGCAAAUAAGUGAUUUCAAGUAAAAAGUAAAAGAAGGAUCAGUGAUAAAAAAUGUCAAAAGAUAAUUUAAAACAAAAUGUGUCAACAACCCGUGCAACAACAACAGCAACAGCAGAAACUACUCUCAACCAUGUGGCACCAACAACAUCACCGAUGCCACCGUCGCCAGCUUUUGAAAUAACACCCUCAAUAUUAGCGAUACCGGCGAUAAGAAACCCACAAACGCUUCCGCCAGCUUAUGCACCCUCUUACACCUACCGCCAUCCCUUGAAUAUGCAUAUUGUCGGCGGCAUACAAGCACCGCCAGUAGGGCCAAGCGCUCAAGAGCUCACCUGUCCGCGUUGCCUGCAGCGUGUUCGGACGCUAGUUGUAUACGAACCAACACAUGGCCGACUUUGUAUGAGCAUUUGCGCGUUGCUAUGCAUGUGAGUUUACCGUUACUUACGAUUAUAUAAACAUUGGGCCUCGAUAAAUUUGUUUAGUGAGUAUUUAAGGGAUUUUGGCGCUAAAUGCUUAGAGAAGCGCGCGUAAUUAAUUGGGACCGACUCAUCGUA